CAUGAAAUAGAUAGUAACGCCACACAUAAUCGGGUUAUGAACUGUUUCUUUUGAAAAAAAAUCCGGAGAGAUUUGGGUUUAUAUGUGUGGGUACAGUUGGUGUCAUUAACAUGAAAGUCAGGUUAGAAAAUCUGAAUAACAAAUUUCAUGUGUUUUCUUGUUACAUUAUUACUCUUUUUUGAUGAUCGAUGUAAUUAUUUAUUCAUGAGUGUUUAUUCAACAAUUGUACCUAUAGAAUUUACAUGUAAAGAAAUUAUGUGUUAACAAUAAUUAGAAGAAACUUUAUUAACGGCAGUCAAGAUAAUGUUGACCGAAAAACAACGUCAAAGAAUGGAGAAAAAAAGGAAAAAAAUGGCAGCUUUAUUAGAAAUUUCUAAACUUAAUGAUAAAGAUAGACAACGUAAAAUGUUAGAAUAUUUAAAAACAGCUGAGUGUUCAGAAGAUGAAGACAUAAAUAAAAUGUCGACAGUACAAAAUUCUAAUAGAAAACGCUCAUGUGAUGAGUUUAUGAUUGAUACACCUAUCAAUACAGAAAACAUACAAAAUAGUUCCGAUGAUUCAGAGCUUCAAAAUAAAAAACCUAAAUUAGUUGGUGAAGAAUAUCUGAAACUCAAACAACAAUUAAGAGAAAGAAAGAAAAUCUUAAAAAAUAUUCCAAGACUUAGUUUAAAACUUGUGGGAGAAAAUGCUAGUUUAAAUAUUAAUGUCAAUCCAACGGAACGUAUUCCUAUUUUUCUGACUGAUAUUCAACAUCUACUUUUAUAUUCUUUAUUCGGUCAUAAUUCACCACAUUCACCAGCAAGAUGGUGUACUUUAGAAAAAUUCAACAGAGUUUCACAUACAGUAGUUUUUAUAGUGGAAGGGCUUUCUGUGUUUCAUUUUCAUUCACAUGAAUCAUUAUUUUCUGGUAUAACGAGUCUCCUAGAUCAUCGUUUAGAAAUUGUAACACCUGCAGCCCAUGGUGGGUCAAUUAUCGAAGAUCUCGCAACUAUACCACUAACUGGAACACAACGAAAAAAUUUAAUUGAAAAAUUUGGUUCCUUGAAAGCAGCUAUACAGAGUACUGGUGAUUUGGUGAAAUUAUUAAAAGUCGUAUUUCCAAUGCAACCACAUAUUAGUAAACAGGACAACACAAUAGAUUCUAGUGUAUUAAAGGAAUUGCCAACAACUGACAAAUUUCCAAGAACUCAACUAUUGUUAUCUCCAUGGCAACUUGUUGAAGAGAAUUAUCCUUUACCUUUACGAGGUGGUUUAGCUACUAAAUAUAAAGAUUAUAUUCUUACAAAAGAUAUUUAUUUAGAAGCUACACCUAAAUCACCAAUGUUUGGUUUAGAUUGUGAGAUGUGUAGAACUACAUCUGGGAGUUUGGAGCUUACUAGGAUAUCUAUUGUCGAUGAAACAAUGAAUGUCAUUUACGAAACUUUAGUAAAACCUACGAAUAAAAUCACGGAUUAUUUAACUCAAUUUAGUGGUAUAACAGAAAAAAUGCUUCACGAUGUUGAUACUACAUUAUCCGAUGUUCAGACAGCAAUACGAAGCUUACUUCCAGCUGAUGCAAUACUUGUCGGUCAAAGUUUAAACGCCGAUCUUCAUUCAUUAAAAAUGAUGCAUCCAUAUGUUAUUGAUACUUCAGUUAUCUUCAAUAUUACUGGUGAUAGAUAUCGUAAGACUAAAUUACAAGUUUUAGCACGUGAAUUUUUGAACCAACGAAUUCAAGAAAAUAAUAAAGGUCAUUGUUCUACGGAAGAUUCUCAAGCAUCAAUGCAAUUGGUGCAAUUAAAGCUGGCCAAUAGUGUUGACUUUGGAGAUGCUGUAUUGAUAGGCCAACGACGUUUGAACGAAACAUUAAGCAAACAAAAUUCCAAUAACAUAAAUGGUGUGGAAGCUCAUAAUUAUGGAAUUCCUAUUUUUAAACACGUUGCCAAAGAGAAAAAAACAGCUGCAAUUGUAGGUACUGAAGACGUGUUAAAUGAAUAUUCUCAAUACUUGAAAUCAUCCUCUUUGUCAAUUAUGGAUGAUGCUAAUUUCAAUGAUAGAGAUCAAGUCCGCCUCGUAAUGACGGAAACAAAUAAACAAGCUAUUGACAGAGCUAGUCAAGUUGCUAUAGAACACGCGUUAACAUUCUGUCAUAUUAAAAUACCAAAUGAUUCCCUGCAAACAAAUUUGGAAAAAACUUGUCAAAAAAUUGAUAGAUGGACACAAAAAAUCUGGCAUCACAUGGCUGUCAAUGGACUUCUUUGCGUUGUUUUCGGUGGAGAAAAAAAUGCUGCAAAUGGAGCAUGUUUUUUAAAUUUGAAGAAAGAACACACACCUCUACAUCUUUAAUAAUUCAUCUUUAUUAUUCAGAUAUCUUAUUUAAACUGACAUGAAUCCGGUAAGUGAAAAGAUAUCGAGGUCGACUCUAACUGACGCACCUCAUUUUUUUUUAUAUAUAACUAUGUUUGUCUGAGUCUUGUACAAACGAUUCAUAUGUUGUCAAUAAACAUUUUAUACUUCGUUUA